AUGGCACCCACAACACGUCUUAGAUCUGCGGGAGAUGCUACUCAAGGAAAGAAGCGCGCCGUGACAUAUGUUGAGGACGAAGGUUCGAGCGAUGAGGGCGACAGUCAAGAGGAAGCGCCUGAGAGAAAGCCGAGGAAAAGAGCUAGAACUCAUAAGGGCGUGAAGUCGGUGACGAAGAAGCUCCCCGCCAGCACCACCCGAACCACCCGAACCAAGAAGCGCGGUCGUUUGAACGCACUGCCGGAGAUGCCCUUGGAUAUCCUAGAAGAGAUAUUCUCUUUCUUGGAUCCUGGAGACCUCAUCCGUAUUGCACGCACCACGAAGGCUUUCCGCCGUCUCCUACUUGCCGGCAAUCAGUUCUCACACCUCUGGAGAGCAUCGUGGUCUCGCAUGGAAGGCUAUCCAGAGUGCCCAGAGGACUUUCCGCUUCUCAAGUGGCUUCAGUUGCUCUUCGGUGGGCCCUACUGCCAGGUUUGCGCAGCCCCGUCUGUACAACGAAUCCUCUUCAGAAUUCGCGCCAGGAUGUGCAAGAGCUGUAUUCGUAACUCCUUGACAGAUGUUGGAUCGACUUGGAUCGAGACUAUACAACCAUUCAUGCUCGGCUUGUACAUCCCUGUUGUCCACGAAGGAAGAAACGCAUACGCGUAUGAGCAUGAUUUGGAGAGACUGAAAACGACUGUGGCGACGGCUCUGGGAGAGACCGACGCUAGUAAUCGUCGCGAGACUUGGGACACGAUUCUGAGAUCGCUUAGAGAGGCUUUUACCCCUUACAUGAACCAUCAACAGCAGUGUGAAAUGUGGCAGAUACGCAUGAUCGAGAACCGUAGAGACGACCUAGGGGAACGUCGGGCGUCUCGCCGCGAGAACAUAUUGAACCGCCUUUCAAAUCUAGGAUACGCCGAGUCUGAUGCACGGGGUAUCUGGAAGAUGAAAGACGUCAAUGUCGGGAAGCAACUCACUGAUCGUGCAUGGAGUACGCUUCUCCCGACGUUGCUGCCCACCCUGGAUGAGGCUCGACAACACCGCCUUGAACGCGAAGCUUGCACCCGUCGUAAUCGGCGCGUGGCAGUCGCGCGGGAUGAGUACGCGCAAUUACUCAGGUCUGGCGCCGUGAAAGCACAAGACAUCCCUUACUUCCCAAGCGCGAAUGCGUGCAUUCAAUUUGGAACGCUUCCUUCCCUUAUCGACGAAGACGAGGACGAGAUCUCUGCCGAGUGGAAGCUGAAGCUUGAAGUCGCCCUCAAGGAGUCGCUGCCUCUUAUGCACGACGCAUUCGAGAAGCAUCGCGUGGAGUUUGCAUCUUUCAUACAAGGAUCUGGUGCUGAAGACAUAGUUGAUCCUGCCGCCAUCCUCUCGCUGGCGACGUCUCUCUUCAUAGUACCGGCGGAAUACGGCGCGAGUGAGAUUUCCUUCGGUCUCGAGGCGCUGGUGCGCUCAGGAAGGAAACUGUACUAUCACACUGGGCCAGCGGAAUCAUACGCCGCGUCGAGGCUACCGCGCUUGGGAAAGUCACUUCCCCAGUCUGUGAACAAGGUGUUGGAAGAGAUAUUGCGCCUCCUAGGAUUGGACGACACGGCCAAGAUCGUCGAACUCGAUGCUGCCGAUGCCGCCUUUACGUGCCUGACGUGCAAGGUCACGCAUGACGCCCACUACUGGUUUGAUAACAGUCACGUCCCGGGACGCUGGCACGAACUGCGUUACCGACAAGCCAUGAACUGGCGUGAUGUCAUUGCACAUGUAUACCGUCAUCACAAAGAGACUUCCGACGAAGUCCGGCUACAUCUUCUGACGAAUAGCGAACGAGCCGCUGUCGGCGCCCAAGGUACAGUCGUUGCGCGGAAAAGAUCUGGGGCUCAAGAUAUCAGGGCGCGUGCUUUUGCAUGUUGUCACUGUGUCGACACUCUUGUGGCUCCCCUGUUCGACCAUGGUGGGAAGCUCGAGUAUUCGUGUUUGGGCGAUAUACACCUCCAUCUCAAGAGCAGCCAUGAUAUUGAAGCUGCUCAAGAGGGGGUGGAUUACUUUCAAAAUCCACUUGGUGAUCGAGGUGUUUUGGGAGGUAUACGUAGCCAAUACUGUCUUGUUGAAGAACCAGAAGAACCUGUAGCGGAGGCAGCGCCGAUAACAGUCGCCGAGGUGCAACAUGCGGAUCCGAUAUGA